CGUGGCUCCGCCCUCCCAGAGCGCGGGCGCGCCGUGGCGGGAAUUUCGCCUGUUUCUGGUGUAGAGCCCAGGGAUUCUCGGGCUGUAGUCUGGAUCGCAAGCGGCAGAUUUCCGAAGUUGGAAGUGUGAGCAGCCUGUCUCCUCCCUCCAGGAGUCUUCCCCACCGCUUCUCUUUGGAGAGCCUACUGAUAAAGCAUAAUGAGCCGCAAACAGUUCAGGACGGGAAGCAGAUGAUGGAUAACUGUUCUGGUGUGUCGACGCUCCUGACCGACAGCCUAGAGCUGGAGCUGGGGACGGAAUGGUGCAAACCCGCUUGCUUUUCUUGUGCUGUUGACAACGGAGGAGGAGGAGGAGGAAACCACUUUUCUGGGGACUCCUACCUUUCCAGUGGGACACUUAAGAGAUUAUUUUUGAAUCUCGAUCCUUUACCAACUAGCUUUGAAGAGGACACAGUGGAACUAUUUGGCAUUCAGUGGGUUACUGAAACAGCAUUGGUGGAUUCCUCUAGAGAGCUCUUUCAUUUAUUCAGGCAAAGACUAUACAACUUGGAAACCUUGUUACAAGCUAGCUGUGAUUUUGGGAAGAUAUCAACCCUACAUGGGAAAGCAGACAGUAUUAGACAACAGUGCGUAAUAUUUCUCCAUUAUGUUAAAGUUUUCAUCUUCAGAUAUCUGAAAGUACAAGAAGCUGAGAGUCAUGUUCCUGUCCAUCCCUAUGAGACUUUGGAGGCUCAGCUUCCCUCAGUGUUGGUUGAUGAGCUGCAUGGAUUACUCUUGUAUAUUGGACAUCUAUCUGAACUUCCCAGUGUUACCAUAGGAGCAUUUGUAAAUCAAAACCACACUAAGCUUUUUCCACCAUCAUGGCAUUUAUUACAUCUCCAUUUGGAUAUCCAUUGGCUGGUCCUAGAAAUUCUUCACAUAUUAGGUGAAAAAAUGAAACAAGUUGUAUAUAGUCAUCAGUUUAUGAAUCUGGCAAGUGAUAAUUUAACCAAUGUCAGCCUGUUUGAAGAACAUUGUGAAAAUCUCCUUUGUGAUUUAAUAAGCCUGUCACUCAACAGGUAUGACAAGGUUAGGCUUACUGAAGCAUUAAUGAAUCAUCAUUGUCCAUGUCUGUGUGUUAAAGAAUUAUGGAUUCUACUUAUUCAUCUCCUAGACCACAGAAGUAAAUGGUCUCUUUCAGAAUCAUUUUGGAACUGGUUGAAUAAGCUACUUAAAACACUCUUUGAAAAAUCCAGUGACCGAAGACGACGUUCUGUGCCUAUUAUCCAGUCUAGGGAUCCAGCAGGUUUUAGUUGGUGGAUUAUUACUCAUAUAGCAUCUUUUUACCAAUUUGAUCGCCAUGGAGUACCUGAUGAAACGAGACAAAUGGUAUCUAAUUGGAACUUUGUAGAAGAACUGCUAAAAAAGUCCAUCAGUGUUCAGGAUGGUAUAUUAGAGGAACAAUUACGAAUGUAUCUUCAUUGUUGUUUGACACUUUGUGAUGUCUGGGAACCAAAUAUUGGAAUUGUCACCAUUCUAUGGGAAUAUUAUAGUAAGAAUCUGAAUAGUUCCUUCACUAUUUCUUGGCUUCCUUUAAGAGGCUGCAAUAAUAUAAAGUCACCUUUAACUAUGCUUGAAAUGGUGAAGACCUGCCUUUGUGAUAAACAAGACCAUGACCUAUAUAAAUCCAGCAGUAGUUACAACAUUUUCCUUUGCAUUUUGGCAAAAGUUGUUAAGAAAGCAAUGAAGAACAAUGGCCCUCAUCCUUGGAAACAAGUCAAAGGAAGAAUAUAUUCUAAAUUCCAUCAAAAAAGAAUGGAAGAAUUAACUGAAGUUGGUUUGCAAAACUUUUUCAGUCUUUUUCUACUGUUAGCAGCUGUGGCAGAGGUUGAAGAUGUAGCAAGUCAUGUUUUAGAUCUCCUUAAUUUCCUCAAGUCUGCCUUUACAACAUCUCACAGGGCCCUCAUUUGGAAAGGUCAGAUGGCCUUCCUCUUGAUGUAUGCCCAGAAUAAUCUGGACAUUGCUGUUUUGGCUGAGAAACUUUCGUGUGCUUUCCGGGAAAAAGCAAAGGAAUUCCUGGUAUCUCAGAAGGAUGAAAUGGCACAGAGACAGACUCUGUGGUCUUUGCUUUCCAUCUACAUUGAUGGUGUUCAAGAAGUGUUUGAAACCAGCUACUCCUUGUAUCCUUCUCAUGAGAAACUGCUCAAUGACGGAUUUAGUAUGCUUCUGCGAGCUUGUCGGGAACCUGAACUUAGGACUGUGUUGAACUUUCUACAAGCUGUUCUGGCCAGAAUCAGGAGUAUAUAUCAGCAAUUGUGUCAGGAACUUCAAAGAGAAAAUGUGGACCUAGUUGUGCAAUCUUCAUUAUUGGCUAAAGAGCGCCAUCUUGCUGCAAUUGCCAGUGCUCUAUGGAGACAUUUCUUCUCAUUUUUGAAGAGUCAGAGAAUGACACAGCUAGUGCCUCUCUCACAACUUGCAGAUGCAGCUGCAGAUUUCACUUUGCUAGCAGUGGAUUUGCCAAGCACAGCUCCAUCAGAUCUUCAGCCUCAACCAGUUAUAUCAAUAAUUCAACUUUUUGGCUGGGAUGAUAUCAUCUGGCCUCAAGUUAUAGCAAGAUAUUUAAGUCAUUUACUACAAAAUAGCACAUUGUGUGAAGCACUUUCUCAUUCAAGCCAUGUUUCUUUUCAAGCCUUGACUAUAAGAUCAUGGAUCCGUUGUAUUUUACAAAUGUAUAUAAAAAACCUUUCUGGGCCUGAUGAUUUGUUUAUGGACAUAAAUCCUGAACAAGCAUUUGAAAAGGAGUACAUGGAACAGUUGGCUGAACUGACAAGGUUACUAUUUAAGCUCUCAGAAGUAAAGAGUAUUUUCUCAAAGGCUCAAGUUGAAUAUCUACCUACCCCAGAAGACCCUAAAAAUGCACUUGUUCAAUUCUUUGAGGCUGUUGGUAUAACUUAUGGGAAUCUCCAGACACUUUCUGAUAAAUCUGCCAUGGUCACAAAGUCCUUAGAAUACCUUGGUGAAGUAUUAAAGUAUAUAAAGCCUUAUUUGGGAAAAAAAGUUUCCAGUGCAGGGCUGCAGCUGACUUAUGAGAUGAUGGGAAUUCUUGUUAAAUCAUGGGCACAAAUCUUUGCCACCUCUAAAGCUCAAAAAUUACUAUAUCGGAUCAUAGAUUGUUUACUGCUGCCACAUGCGGUGUUACAACAAGAGAAGGAGCUGCCUGCCCCUAUGUUGACUGCAAUUCAGAAGAGUCUUCCUUUGUAUCUCCAGGGCAUGUGUAUCGUGUGUUGUCAGUCUCAAAAUCCAAAUGCCUAUUUGAAUCAAUUGCUGGGGACUGUUAUUGAGCAGUAUAUUGGGCGAUUUCUUCCAGCUUCACCAUAUGUUUCAGGUCUUGGACAACAUCCUGUUUUGUUGGCACUGAGAAACUCGACCAGUGUUCCACCAAUAGCAUCACUAAAGAAAUGCAUUGUACAAGUCAUAAGGAAAUCCUAUCUUGAGUUUAAAGGGCCCUCACCUCCUCCUCGCUUAGCAUCCGUUCUGGCCUUCAUCCUCCAACUCUUCAAAGAAACUAACAUAGAUAUUUGUGAAGUUGAACUACUCCUCCCUGGCAUCUUAAAGUGUUUGGUGUUGGUCAAUGAACCCCAAGUUAAAAGGCUGGCCAUAGAGAACCUGCAAUGCAUAGUAAAAGCCUGCCAAGUGGGGUCAGAAGGAGAACCUGCUGCCCAGCUGACUUCUGUGUUUAGGCAGUUUAUCCAGGAUUAUGGUAUGAGAUAUGAUUAUCAAGUUUACAACAUUUUAGAAAAAGUAGCAACACUGAACCAGCAGGUUGUCAUCCACUUGAUUUCUACCCUCACUCAAUCUCUGAAGGAUUCUGAGCGGAAAUGGGGCCACGGCAGAAAUAUUGCACAAAGGGAAGCCUAUAGCAAACUCUUAUCUUACCUGGGACAAAUGGGACAAGAUGAGAUGCAGAGACUGGAAAAUGAUAAUACCUAAUAUAUUUUGUGGUUUGUCCUCUCUAUUGAUUAUCAGAAUCUAAAGCCACUUUGCACCACUCUAACUCCUGUUUUUAAUUAAUUGUAUAAUGUUCUGUUAAAAAUAAUGUCUGAGAUUUUUUUCCUUACAUACCUGUAAAUAUAAAGUGUACAAAUAAGAAAAUAAAGGAUAAUUAGUAAGUAUGUAAUAGGAUCCUUUGAAUCUUGCAAUGCUGCUUCUGUUUUGAAGAGAUUUUAAACUAAAUUAAAGGAACUUUGUAAUUGGGAGUGUUUUCUAUGUGAUUAUAAACAGAUUUGUACAUGUUCAUCCCUGGACUUUUUACUAUAAUGUAAUUUCCUGAUUUGUGACUGACCAUGUCUUUGGUUUUGUUUUGUUUUACAAGUUUUGUUUUAAUGUGAUACUUUUUCAAAUUACCUGGCUAUCCUAAUCUGGUUUGUUUUUUAAACUUAUACCAACAGUCUUUUAUGAUUAGGUUCCAAGAGUUGUCAGAUUUUUUUCUCUAGUCACCCUUCCUUUCAGAGUUGUUAAAAGACAUGUCCAGAAGAAGAAAUACAGGCCUUUUAAGAAAAGAGAAUAAAUAGCAAUAAUCUUGGAAAUUCUCAAGAUUACUAAUAACAAACCUGAGGAGUGAGCUGUUCCAUCUCCUUGCUUUUCCAUCAGAAUUUCUUAACAACUGAGCAUCUUAUACCUUUACAGGAACCGGUUUAGCUUUCUUCAGUAGAUACUGUUUCUCAGCUGUCUAACUCGGUCUCAUCCAAGUUGUUUAGUUAAUGGGCUGGGCCCUGUCCUGGAGUCCUUUUUGUGGUGACCAUUAUUUGGCAGAAAGAGCUCUAGGCCUAGUAUUGGAAUCCACCUCAGUCUCAAACCCAGCCCUGCUUUGUGACCAUGAACAAGUUACAUAACUAUUCUAAACCCAAUUUUCUCUUGAAGAAAGGUGAGCAAUGUUAUGAUGAGAAUCACAAAGAUGAUUAGGUGAAAUAUUUGGUGGUCCAUAUUCUAUUUAGAGGUAUAUAGACAUGAUGAUCAUUCAUCCGCAAUAUAAAGAAUACCUCUCAGUUUUGUUCCUCUUUGCCUACUGCUGUGUCCUACUAGUGGACUGAUCCCACUGUUUUUUCAGUGCUCCUUUGGGUGUCAUGUUUGCUAAUUUUAAAACAAUCUCUUAGCUUCUUGGAAUUAGAACCUUCAUCAUGGUUCUUCAAAAAAAGUUUUCAAUCCUUUUGUGCCUCAAGAAGUAUCUUUAAAGAUGAAAUACAUUGUAAUCAGCAUUCUGUAUUUACUAGCUCUCUCGUAAUUAUAAUCCAUGAAAUACAAGAUUGUUAUUUUUUAUGACAUACAAAUGGUCUGUUUCUCCCACCCUGCCCAAAUCAACUAUCUUUACUCAUUCUUUCAACAAAUGGGAUAAAAUCUUCCUUAAAGUUGCUUUAUAGACUUCAUAGCAGUGAGUUUCUAGUCAUUAUGAUAGUGAUUUAAAGCCAGUAAUAUAUUGCUUUUUACAUUUCAGCAGUUAAAGGAAUGGUAUGUCUUUAAGAUGAUUCCUUUAAAGAGGAUUUGUGUGUGUGUGUGUGUGUGUGUGUGGAAGAGACAGAAAAAGAAUGUGUGUCUGUACUAUUUUCCAGGGGAGAUUGACAAGGAUAUCUUGGAGAAUCUUACCUAGAGUAUGAAACUUUCACGGGACAUGAAAACCUGCUACUGAAUCAUACUAAAAAUCACUGAAGCUUAUACCUAAGAAUCAGCAACAACAAAAAGUCUGUAACUGUAUAUUUAUGUUUGUAUUUAUAUACAUGUAAAAUUUUAAAGAAACUUUCUUAAUAAAGGACAGAAAUGUAUGGUUCAAUUCCUUUUCUUGAAAAUCUUCAGUGACACAUCACUUGUUACUUCAGUCUGGUGGUCUUCUUCCUCCCCAGACUUGAGUACCUUAUACCUGCUUCUUUAAUGUCUAUUUUCCCUUAAAUACCUUGUCAUUGCUGAGACAGUUUUAUUACACCAUUGCCGUUAAAACCAUUUUCUCCUGGUCAGAUCUGCAAGCAUGUUCUCAUUUGUUGAGCCUCUUGCUCAACUUCUCAUCCAAUACUUCCCCUUCCUAUAUACACUGUAUCUUGAGAGCACCUUCAGUCUUCUUUCCUCUUCCCAAAUAGGACUUUUCAUCUGCUAUGUCUCAACUUUUUUUUUCCCAGUGGUGAGCGGAUAGUACUAGCUCAAAUCUAUUUCUGGGACCAGCGCUGUGGUGCAGCAGGUUAAAACUCUGGCCUGAAGUGGCAGCAUCCCAUAUGGGCGCCAGUUCUAGUCCUGGCUGCUCCACUUCCAAUCCAGCUCUCUGCUAUGGCCUGGGAAAGCAGAAGAUGGCCCAAGUCCUUGGGCCCCUGCACCCACAUGGGAGACCUGGAAGAAGCUCCUGACUCCUGGCUUUGGAUUGGCGCAGCUCCAGCUUUUGAGGCCAUCUGGGGAGUGAACCAGUGGAUGGAAGACCUCUCUCUCUGUCUCUACCCCUCUUUUUCAAAUAAAUAAAAUAAAUCUUUUAAAAAAAACCUAUUUCUAAAGCUAGUUGCUCUCUGAACCUGUCCUAUUGGAGCUUCCCAAAAUCUCAAGGAAGAAGUCAAACCACACAUGACACCUAUUCCAAGCGCCUACUUUCAUUUUCCCACAUCACCUUUAACUUUAGGGAUCAAAUUCUUCAUUCUUCCCCACAUUCAGGUGAUCGCCCAUACAGGCUCUUGGGCUUUUUUGUUUGUUUGUUUCUUGGUUUGUUUUUCAUUUUGCCUUCCCUCACAUCCAAGCUGUUUUUUUUCUGUUGGUUAUUGCAAUGUCUGGUCUCCUUUCCUAUAGUUUACCUUACAGUUCUGAAAUAGGUGUUGGUAAAAUGCACUUUAUUCUUGUUACUUCUCUGUUGUUACUUCCAGUAACUUCCCAUAGUUUGUAAGUUGAUAUUUAUUUAAACUCUUUCAGUACCUCCUGCCGUCUGUCUAUACCUUUUUUCAGUCUCACAUCUUUACAAACAAGAGACUUUCUUAGCAGCUUUCUCUGAAAGUCAUGUUCAUUCCCCACUCUGCCUUAUUCAGUUUGCCAAUCUGGACUACCACCCUCGAUGGAUAUUUGAGACACUUAAAUAGAAAAGUAAAAUGUACACUGUAAGUACAUGCUACAUAUCCCUCUCAAAUAAUAUCUAUAAAGCAUCAAAUAAAGUAAAAAAAUGAUUGAAGAGCAACAAAGUGAUGGAAGGACUUUAUUAGACAUUCAGAUUUGGUUAGAAGUUUCAUUUUAACAUUUAAUUUGAAAGUGUCCAUAGUGUAGGGGAAAAAAGGAUUGUCUCUUUGCAAAAAUCAUUCAGUACUGAGUUCAUUUGCAUUAGGAGAAUUUCAUACUUUAAAACUCUUAUCUUUCCUUAUCCCUUGUAUGUUUUCUUCUAUUAGGCAUAUUAGACUUCAUCUGUCUCAGUAUCUAUUUAAGAAAAUGAUUGUGAACCUUAGACUAUUUGUUGGUUUUCAUUACUCAUCGUCAUCUGCCAUGCUGAGUCACACAUUUUAAAAGAUACUUGUUCUUAAACAAUUGCAUGGGCCCAUUUCUAUCCUUGUCCUUUCACAAGACAUGUUAUAUAAAACUUGGAGAAGCUUCUGCAGCUGGGGAGAGUCUAGGAAAUCUGCUUUCCCUAAGUCCUGUAUUAUCAUAGCAUUCAUAUUUCAAAGAUAAAAUAUAUAGAAACCUCACCAAAAGUUUUAUAAAUAAACCAUUGCUUUUUUCCAAAAAUUGAUUUCAUGCUUACCCAUCUCAGAGUUAAAAAUAUUGCCUUGUCAGGCAAGAGUAUAUUAUGCCAAUAUAAAUAACGUGCUUUAUUUGAUUAAAACAGUUGGUUUGGGAGGCUAGCAACAUAGCAUAUUCUUUCAUAUAUUUAAUGGGACAUGAAGUUUGUACUCUGACUCUUGUGCUAAUCUAAGUAGUAACGCAGCCAAAGUCAGUACCAGUGACUGGAAUUUCUACUUUCAUGUUGUGCUGAUAGUUAUCCAAUUUAUUGUAUUUGUCAUCUGUGCUUUUAGAAAAAAUCUGGGGGCCAGCGCUGUGGUGUAGCGGGUAAAGCUGCCGCCUGCAAUGCCGGCAUCCUAUCUGGGUGCUGGUUCGAGUCCCUGGCUGCUCCACUUCCGAUCUAGCUCUCUGCUAUGGCCUGGGAAAGCAGUAGAAGAUGGCCCAAGUCCUUGGGCCCCUGCACCCAAGUGAGAGACCCGGAAGAAGCUCCUGGUUUCUAGCUUCGAAUUGGUGCAGCUCUGGCAGUUGCAGCCUUCUGGGGAAUGAACCAGUGGAUUCUCUCUCUGCCUCCCCUCU